GAUUGCCUCAAUUUUCACAUUGUAAAAAGCGGCGCGCCGGCUAGUGUGAUAUCAAGAUGAAUCCGGAAAAGCUGAAGAAGAUGCAGAGUGAGGUGCGUAUCGGCGGCAAGGGCAUGCCUCGCCGUAAGAAGAAGAUCGUCCACACGAGCUCGGCCGUCGACGACAAGAAGCUGCAGAUGUCGCUGAAAAAGCUCGGGGUCAACACUAUUCCCGGUAUCGAGGAGGUUAACAUGAUCAAGAACGAUGGUUCGGUGAUUCACUUCAACAACCCAAAGACUCAGGCAUCCCUGGCCACCAACACGUUCGCCAUCACCGGUCACAGCGAAACGAAGAUGAUUACGGAUAUGCUGCCCAACAUUAUUUCUCAGCUCGGACCGGAAGGGUUGAACCAGCUAAAAAAGCUAGCCACCGCUGCGGUCGCCGAGGAAGACGAUGACGUGCCGGAGCUGACGGAAAAUUUUGAGGAAGUGUCGAAGAAGGAAGCCGAGACGAAGCAGGAAGCUGCCAGCUCGAAGGCGCCAGAAGUUCCUGCUUCAUCCUAAGCACUUUAACAACACCUCCCGCUAGUAUAGCCUGCACCGUUUCCCUUUUGCAUUGCAGCGCAGCCUUUACUGGAAACGGGAAGCCGAGCGCAGUAAACAAAACGACAACAUCAAUAAUACGGUUAAUGUCUUUGCUCCUUAAUAACAACAAACAGCCCCAUCACAAUUAUGUCGCAUUCGGCUUGUUGUACUCUGAAUUCAUCUUCAUGUACUCUUAGCAACAGCCUACACUACGCCUAUUUUUAAUUUGGAUAGUGUUUCUUUCAUAAGCCAUGAUAAUGGAAUUGCUUUGUUGAACAACCAAGUUGUGCGGACAAGUUUCCUUGGCCGAAGUGUAUGUUCGAGAGUAUGGUGACAUUUUAAGAAUUAAACACUUAUAAUGUAUCUCCGCCUUCAUUAUGUGACGGCGUUUUGAGAUAUGGUAACUGUAACGCUGGCAUUUAUAGUUAUUUUGUCUUGGAUGUAACGAUGAGAAAGGAAUGCGCUGCCGUGCCUAGUAGCGAAAGAACAAAAUUCGAAUAAAAAUACCAAAACUAUGUAAAUUGACGUAACCUAAAGAAUGAUCAUCUUAGAGGAUUUUGUACAUCUGUCUGCUGCUGUAAUACAUUACACAUUUUGCAUGGAUUUGCUUCGAGAACCGGUCUGGAAUUUUCGCUUUGAUAGUCCGCAACAAACAGGCCAGAUGAACAACAAAUGGCAAUGCGCAGAAAGUUGGGUUAGGUUGGCAUCAGAAUAAAGCGAAAUGUAAAUACAGAAGCUGUAUCAACUAGCAAAAUCAAACAAAUACGAAUGUAUGACGCUUGUGAAUCCAAUAAA